AUGGUGAUGGGGACGCAGGCAUCCUACAGCCGUGAUGUGAAAUCCAAACAGGGCCGGGAACGCAUGGCUGAUUGCGGUGCUCCCAAGGAAAUGAGUAAACAACCAACCAACAGCUUGGAAGCGGCGGCGGCGGCACCGGGUCACCCGCAGGGCCUGUGCGCACCCAGGACGAGCCCGGAGCAGGAGCUACCCGCGGCUGCCGCGCCACCGCCCCGUGUGCCCAGGUCCGCUUCCACUGGCGCCCAAACUUUCCAGUCUCCAGACGCACGAGCCUGCGAGGCAGAGCGGCUGGGAAUGGGCGCUUGCAAACUUAGCCCACGGGCGCCGGCGGCCUCUGCGGCUCUGCCAGACUUGAGCGAGGCGCACGGCGCGCAGGCCGCCCCGCCGACUGGGGGCGCCGGGCCCGGCAACGCGCUGCACUGUAAGAUCACCGCCCUUCGCGGCCCGGAGAGGGAUGUGAACGUGAGUGUUGGCAAGGGUACCCUGGAGCGGAACAAUACCCCGGCCGUGGGCUGGGUGAACAUGAGCCGGAGUACCGUGGUGCUGGGCACGGAUGGAAUCACGUCCGUGCUCCCAGGCAGCGUGGCCAGCACUGCCGCCCAGGAGGACGAGCAAGGGGAUGAGAAUAAGGCCCGAGGGAACUGGUCCAGCAAGCUGGACUUCAUCCUGUCCAUGGUGGGGUACGCAGUGGGGCUGGGCAAUGUCUGGAGGUUUCCCUACCUGGCCUUCCAGAACGGGGGAGGUGCUUUCCUCAUCCCCUACCUGAUGAUGCUGGCUCUGGCUGGGCUGCCCAUCUUCUUCCUAGAGGUGUCACUGGGCCAAUUUGCCAGCCAGGGACCAGUGUCUGUGUGGAAGGCCAUCCCAGCACUACAAGGCUGUGGCAUCGCGAUGCUGAUCAUCUCUGUCCUAAUAGCCAUAUACUACAAUGUGAUUAUUUGCUACACACUUUUCUACCUGUUUGCCUCCUUUGUGUCUGUGCUGCCCUGGGGCUCCUGUAACAACCCUUGGAACACACCAGAAUGCAAAGAUAAAACCAAACUUUUAUUAGCAGGUCAGAGGUUUGUGGGCCGUCCUUUCACCAUCAUGCAAAGUCUGGAUUCUGGCUGCCCCUUUGUUCAGGUUCACAAGGUGGUGUACUUCACGGCCACGUUCCCCUAUGUCGUGCUGGUGAUCCUCCUCAUCCGAGGAGUCACGCUGCCUGGAGCUGGAGCUGGGAUCUGGUACUUCAUCACGCCCAAGUGGGAGAAGCUUACGGAUGCCACGGUGUGGAAAGAUGCUGCCACUCAGAUUUUCUUCUCUUUAUCUGCUGCAUGGGGAGGCCUGAUCACUCUCUCUUCUUAUAACAAAUUCCAUAACAACUGCUACAGGGACACCCUAAUUGUAACCUGCACCAACAGUGCCACAAGCAUCUUUGCUGGCUUCGUCAUCUUCUCCGUUAUUGGCUUCAUGGCCAAUGAACGCAAAGUUAACAUUGAAAAUGUGGCGGACCAAGGCCCAGGCAUUGCAUUUGUGGUUUACCCGGAAGCCUUAACCAGGCUGCCCCUCUCUCCAUUCUGGGCCAUCAUCUUCUUCCUGAUGCUCCUCACUCUCGGACUUGACACUAUGUUUGCCACCAUCGAGACCAUCGUGACCUCCAUCUCGGACGAGUUCCCCAAGUACCUGCGCACGCACAAGCCGGUCUUUACUCUGGGCUGCUGCAUUUGUUUCUUCAUCUUCGGCUUUCCGAUGAUCACUCAGGGUGGAAUUUACAUGUUUCAGCUUGUGGACACCUAUGCUGCCUCCUAUGCCCUUGUCAUCAUUGCAAUUUUUGAGCUCGUGGGGAUCUCCUACGUGUACGGCUUGCAAAGAUUCUGUGAAGAUAUAGAGAUGAUGAUUGGAUUCCAGCCAAACAUUUUCUGGAAAGUCUGCUGGGCAUUUGUUACUCCAACAAUUUUAACCUUCAUCCUCUGCUUCAGCUUUUACCAGUGGGAGCCAAUGACCUAUGGCUCUUACCGCUACCCAAAUUGGUCCAUGGUGCUUGGAUGGCUGAUGCUCGCCUGUUCUGUUAUCUGGAUCCCAGUUAUGUUUGUGAUAAAAAUGUAUCUGGCCCCUGGCAGAUUUAUUGAGAGGCUGAAGUUGGUGUGCUCGCCGCAGCCUGAUUGGGGCCCAUUCUUAGCUCAACACCGUGGGGAGCGUUACAAGAACAUGAUCGACCCCUUGGGGACCUCUUCCCUGGGACUCAAACUGCCAGUGAAGGAUUUGGAACUGGGCACCCAAUGCUAG